UGUGGAGGCUUGCAUUUCAGUUCAAAAUAGGAAGUAAAGCCUUAAGAAAAUGCAGUGAGAAGUCCUGAGCAGUGGCACAGUGCAGAGCAGGAAAUCUCCUGCACACAAUAGAGAUUAAAUGCUCCCUGUGCAUACUGUAUUCUGCUCAGCCCUCUGCGCUCGGAGCUGGGACCGUGGCAGUCGUUAUCUCCAGCAGGUUCCUUGGUGAUUUUCAAGCCCUGCACUACCUACCCAAGUGGCAGUGACACCAGCUUUCACUGAAGCCUUAUUACUCUUAAAAGAGCAAUUUGGUUGGUUGCACAGCUAUUAGGAUCAGACAGUCAGGCUUAAAGCUGUCAGUACAACUGCUUCUCAUCUUUUUUCACAAUCCUGACAUCUUUUCUCUUUUCUGCUGGACACAAGCAUUACUGUAUUUAUCAUUUUCAAUCAAGCUCACGCUGCAAGCUGAGGAAUAUAUUCCCACAGAAACCAAAGUGGGGAGCAGAAAUUAUUUUAUAGCUGCUGUAGUAGCAGCGGUGCUGGCUGCAUGUUGUGUGGGAGAAAUCGGAUCAGUGAGAAAUGUGGCUUUCCUCAGGGCUACAUCACUGAAAUAUUACUUCAACGUCUGAGAGGAGCAAAGCUACUCAUUGCUCUAAUUUUUCAAUGAUUAAUCACUCUUCUCUAAGUAAACACAAAGUGGGGGAGAAGAUGUGAUAUUUUAAAUUUUUUUUUUCUUUUUUUUGUAUUUUUUUAAAGAAAAACUUGUGGAAAUGUUGUUAUCAUUGAAACGGGGGAAAAUCACUAUGCUUGAACUUCUUUUCAUUUUGAUGUUGCUCUUCUCUGGACCAACCCUGAGCAAGCUUAGCAGGACCAAAGGCAAACACUGGAAGGGGGGAUCCCGUCUCCGCCAAGAGGACUUUCCGCCGCGGAUUGUCGAGCAUCCUUCAGAUGUGAUCGUGUCCAAAGGAGAACCAACCACUCUGAACUGCAAAGCAGAGGGAAGACCAACCCCCACCAUCGAGUGGUACAAGGAUGGUGAGCGAGUGGAGACGGACAAGGAUGACCCGCGCUCCCACCGCAUGCUGCUGCCCAGCGGAUCUUUGUUUUUCUUGCGCAUCGUGCACGGGCGGAGGAGUAAACCCGACGAGGGGAGCUACGUCUGUGUGGCAAGGAACUACCUUGGAGAAGCUGUGAGUCGCAAUGCAUCUCUGGAAGUGGCAUUGCUACGGGAUGACUUCCGCCAAAACCCUACAGAUGUGGUGGUGGCAGCUGGAGAGCCUGCAAUCCUGGAGUGCCAGCCCCCUCGAGGGCACCCCGAGCCCACCAUCUACUGGAAGAAAGAUAAAGUCCGGAUUGACGACAGAGAGGAGCGGAUCAGUAUCCGUGGUGGGAAGCUGAUGAUCUCCAACACCAGAAAAAGUGAUGCAGGGAUGUACACCUGUGUGGGGACCAACAUGGUGGGGGAGCGUGACAGUGACCCUGCAGAGCUGACUGUCUUUGAGCGACCCACGUUUCUCAGGCGACCGAUCAACCAAGUGGUGCUGGAGGAGGAGCCCGUGGAUUUCCGGUGCCAGGUGCAGGGGGAUCCCACACCCACAGUCCGGUGGAAGAAGGAUGAUGCAGACUUACCAAGAGGAAGGUAUGACAUCAAAGACGACUACACGCUGCGCAUUAAGAAAGCCAUGAGCACGGACGAAGGCACCUACACCUGCAUCGCUGAGAAUCGAGUUGGGAAAGUGGAAGCCUCUGCUACGCUCACCGUGCGAGCUCGCCCCGUUGCUCCCCCACAGUUUGUGGUGAGACCACGAGACCAGAUUGUAGCCCAGGGUCGAACUGUGACUUUUCCUUGUGAAACUAAAGGAAACCCCCAGCCAGCUGUUUUCUGGCAAAAAGAAGGAAGUCAGAACCUACUCUUCCCAAACCAGCCUCUGCAGCCCAACAGCAGAUACUCCGUGUCACCAACCGGGGACCUCACCAUUACCAACAUCCAGAGGUCUGAUGCAGGCUACUACAUUUGUCAAGCACUGACGGUUGCUGGAAGCAUUUUAGCAAAGGCUCAGCUGGAGGUUACUGAUGUCUUGACAGAUCGGCCUCCGCCCAUCAUCCUCCAGGGCCCCGUCAACCAGACCCUGGCAGUGGAUGGCACAGCUCUGCUCAAGUGCAAGGCCACCGGCGACCCCCUCCCUGUCAUCAGCUGGCUCAAGGAGGGCUUCACCUUCCUGGGCCGGGACCCUCGCACAUCCAUACAGGACCAGGGCACGCUGCAGAUCAAAGCUCUGCGGCUGUCUGAUACUGGGACUUACACUUGUGUUGCUACAAGUUCCAGUGGGGAAACAUCCUGGAGUGCUGUGCUGGAGGUGACAGAAUCCGGUGGAGCAACAGUCAGUAAAAAUUAUGACAUAAAUGACCUCCCUGGGCCACCAUCCAAACCUCAGGUCACUGAUGUUACUAAGAACAGUGUCACCCUGUCCUGGCAGCCAGGGACCCCUGGAAGCCUACCAGCUAGUGCAUAUAUCAUUGAGGCUUUUAGUCAGUCCGUGAGCAACAGCUGGCAGACAGUGGCCAACCACGUGAAGAGCACCCUGUACACGGUGAGGGGGCUGCGCCCCAACACCAUCUACCUGUUCAUGGUCAGAGCCAUCAACUCCCAGGGCCUGAGCGACCCCAGCCCCAUGUCAGACCCUGUCCGCACCCAAGAUAUCAGCCCCCCAGCACAAGGAGUGGAUCACAGGCAAGUCCAGAAAGAGCUGGGAGAUGUCAUUGUACGGCUGCACAAUCCUGUUGUGCUGACACCCACGACAGUGCAAGUCACCUGGACGGUGGACAGGCAGUCCCAGUUUAUCCAGGGCUACCGAGUGCUGUAUCGCCAAACCUCUGGGCUGCCCGCCCCAGCCGUGUGGCAGAACCUGGAGGUCAAAGUGCCCACGGAGCGCAGCGCCGUCCUGGUCAGCCUGAAAAAGGGGGUCACUUAUGAGAUUAAGGUUCGCCCUUAUUUCAAUGAAUUCCAGGGGAUGGACAGUGAAUCCAAGUCUGCUCGCACCACGGAGGAAGCUCCAAGUGCUCCUCCUCAGUCUGUCACUGUCCUGACAGUUGGAAAUCACAACAGCACGAGCAUCAGCAUCUCCUGGGAUCCUCCCCCUCCAGAUCACCAAAACGGAGUCAUCCAGGAGUACAAGAUCUGGUGCCUAGGUAAUGAGACUCGAUUUCAUAUCAACAAAACAGUAGAUGCAGCCAUUCGGUCUGUAGUAAUAGGUGGCCUAUAUCCAGGUAUCCAGUACCGCGUGGAAGUUGCUGCAAGCACCAGUGCAGGUGUGGGAGUAAAAAGUGACCCACAACCCAUAAUAAUUGGAGGUCGUAACGAAGUUGUCAUCACCGAAAAUAACAACAGCAUAACUGAGCAAAUCACUGAUGUGGUCAAGCAGCCUGCCUUCAUAGCUGGCAUUGGUGGUGCAUGUUGGGUCAUCCUCAUGGGUUUCAGCAUCUGGCUGUACUGGAGAAGAAAGAAGAGGAAGGGGCUCAGCAAUUAUGCUGUUCAGUCCUUCACCUUCACCCCUGCAGUCACCUUCCAAAGAGGAGAUGGAGGACUAAUGAGCAAUGGAAGUCGACCAGGUCUGUUGAAUGCCAGUGACCCCAGUUAUCCUUGGCUUGCAGACUCUUGGCCUGCCACAAGUCUGCCAGUAAAUAACAGCACUAGUGGACCCAAUGAUCUUGGGAAUUUUGGUCGUGGAGAUGUGCUGCCACCAGUGCCAGGGCAAGGAGAUAAAACUGCUACCAUGCUUUCUGAUGGAGCUAUUUACAGCAGCAUUGACUUCACCACCAAAACCAGCUACAACAGCUCCAGCCAAAUAACUCAGGCUACGCCAUAUGCCACCACCCAGAUCCUGCAUUCCAACAGCAUCCACGAGCUGGCUGUCGAUUUACCAGAUCCGCAGUGGAAAAGCUCAAUUCAGCAAAAAAAUGACCUCAUGGGAUUUGGUUACUCUCUCCCAGACCAAGGCAAAGGCAACAAUGCCUUGCUUUACAUCCCUGACUACCGGGUGGCUGAGGGCCUGGCUAAUAGAUUGCCACACAACCAGUCACAGGAUUUCAGCACCACCAGCUCCCACAACAGCUCCGAAAGGAGUGGCAGCCUCUCAGGUGGCAAAGGAGGGAAAAAGAAGAAAAACAAAAAUACUACCAAGCCCCAGAAAAACAAUGGUUCAACCUGGGCCAGUGUCCCCCUCCCACCCCCUCCUGUGCAGCCACUUCCAGGCACAGAGCUGGAGCACUAUGGGGUAGAUCAGCAAGAAGCAGGAUAUGACAGUGAUGGUUGGUGUCCACCUUUGCCAGUUCAGACCUACCUGCAUCAGGGCAUGGAGGAUGAGCUUGAAGAAGACGAUGAUCGUGUCCCCACACCUCCUGUCCGGGGAGUAGCUUCAUCUCCUGCCAUCUCCUUUGGGCAGCAGUCGACUGCAACCCUCACGCCUUCCCCACGAGAGGAGAUGCAGCCAAUGCUUCAAGCUCACCUUGAUGAGUUAACAAGGGCUUACCAGUUUGAUAUAGCAAAGCAGACAUGGCACAUCCAAAGCAAUACACAACCUCCUCAGGCUCCAGUUCCUCCCCUAGGAUACGUAUCUGGAAACCUUAUUUCAGAUUUGGAAACAGAUGUUCCAGAUGACGAUGACGAUGAGGAUGAUAUUGAAGAAGAAACUGUAGAAAUCAGUAGGCCACUAAGAGGUCUAGAGCAUACUCCAGGCUCCAGUAUGGACAAUCUAGACAGCUCUGUGACAGGCAAAGCAUAUUCUUCCUCUCAGAGACCUCGGCCAGGCAGUCCUUUUUCUAGCGACAGCAACACCAGUGCAGCUGUCAACCAGGGUCAGAGGCCGAGGCCCACGAAGAAACACAAGGGUGGACGUUUGGAGCAGCCCCCUUUGCCUCACCGCCGGGAGGGCAUCACGGACGAUCUUCCACCACCACCCGAGCCGCCCCCCGGUCAGGGUUUAAGGCAGCCCAUAGUGCCCGGCCAGCGCGGAGGCUCUGCCGAGAGGAAGGGGAGCUCUCUGGAGAGGCAGCACGCAGCAGCCAACGUAGAUGACACAAAGAGCUCCCUGGACCGGCCCGCUAGGACAUCACUAGAGUGGCAGCGGCAAGCCCAGGAGUGGAUAAGCUCUACAGACCGCCAAGAGGAUUUCAGGAAAGCCCAACACAAACAAGCCUUCGGAUCAGAAGAGGCACUCGUACCAUAUAGUAAACCCAACUUCCCAUCCCCUGGUGGCCACAGCUCUUCAGGAACAUCUUCUUCGAAAGGAUCAACUGGACCUAGAAAAGAGUAGUUGAGAAGACACAUUGCAAGCUGCUCUGAUGGACCAUCAGGUCUGAACUCAUGGAAGUGAUGACACUAAACAGUGCAAUGAACAUUUUCUUUAUUUAUGUACUAUUAAAAGAACUGUAAAUGCAAUGUAAAGACACACAGCCACACAUAUCCCACAGAUACUUUACUUGUGUUCUUCUCUUUAAUACACCAUCCACCUUAAACUAUUCCUUGUCAGGAGUAUAUAAAAAAAGAAAGAAAAAAAAAAAUCACCCUCCAGGAUUAAAAGGAUUUCCUUCUGUAUAUAAUUUCUUUUGUUGCAUUGCUAUGCAAGCUCACCUUCUUUUUAGCUAUGUUCAUAUUCAUGUCUGUUUUUACUGGUCUGUUGUACUAUAUGUGAAUUAAUAGGCUGUGGUGCCAUAUAUUAACUUUUAAUUGUGUAACUUUUAUGUUUAAAGUUUGCACUGCAAUUUUAUUUGGUGAUAAGCACAAAACUCUACUCCUCAUGACAUGAAGAAAAAAGAGACUGAAUGUGUGAAGAAGGUUUACGUCCUGUAAGCUACUUUGGAUAAUGCUGGAUGUUAAAGAGUAUGUUAGGUGGUUUUCCAUUGGGGUGUAGAAACGAGAAAGUGACAGGCAAAACUGAUGUCAGUGAAGACAUUAGAGACAGAUUUAACCUUUUAAAAGCAAGCAACAUAGUUGCUCUUCCUAUUUAAGAAGGGGUCAGAAGUUGGAAGUGUGAGAUUAAAGAGUGAAAAUGAAAACUAAAGGUAGCAUGAGAUGGCCUAGACCCUUUCACUAGAAUGAUACCCUUAGUAUCUACUUUUAGCCAUCCCAUGCCACUAAGUAAAGGGGAAGAAAAGCAAACCUUGCUACAAACAAAAGAACUUAAGGUGUUUCACUAAAGCUGUUUUUAUUUUGCAGUUUUAAAAGAAUUAUUACCGUUCAUUUCUCCAGCCCAAAAUAUAGGACAGAGAUUUUCCAGGAGAAACAAACCAUAUAAACACAAGGAAUAUCUAGGAAGAAGAUAAAAAUGCAAUUUAUUAUUAAGACAUAUUCAGGCUGCUUCCAAAAAAUUGAAAUGUCAGAAUAUCUUAUUUCAUCUUUCCAAUACAUGUACAGUACGAUAGAGGAUAAAGCUGCACCACUGAAAUUCAUGACAUUAAUUGUUUUGAUGCAGUCUACACAACCCUUUCUGUUCCAUACCUGAAGUCUGCGAGAGCUGAAGUUGGAUCCACUAAAUUUGUAGUAAAAUGUUUAGUGUUUGGAAGGAAAGCAAGGGUCAAAUUAUUUUUGGCUUGCAUUAAGUAUAUUUCUGGCAAUACAAUACAUCCAAAAAGUUGGAUAUAAGCAAAGGAAAUGUGUUUUAGUGAGUGACUUCAAACUCUACUAUGAUGAGGAAAUAACAACGCAUGUUUAUACACUUUUUGAAUAAACCAGACUCUGUAAGUGGACAUUAAUGACAGCAUCCUGUCUCUUCAUUAAUUUUCAUGACUUUGUCCAAGUCUUCUUUACCUCUCAAAUCUCAAAGAGUAAAUUCUCAAGCUUUUCUUAGAAUAUUUUGUGUGGCUAACCCACCCAUUACUUUGAUGCUUAAUUUAAAUAUUGCAUCUUGCAGCUUAUUUCUGUUAGUUAUCUGACCAUGAGCACAAGUUUCCAUUGAAUACCCUUUUCAUAUAACCAGUCUAUGUUGUUUUAUAUUUUGCCUUGGAGCUCACCAGUAUUAAGAACACUUUUUGUCAUGGCAGAAUUUUAGAAAAGUAAAUUACAAUGCUAAAUAUGUGUUGCUUUUCAUUUCAUUAACUUGUUCCAUGAUAAGAUAAAACACUACAGCCAUCAACUAUAACUCAGCACUAUUGAAUAUUGAAAAAUGGUAGUUAACUCCCUUAAGGUCAAGACAUGUCAUUUAGCAAGUUGCAAACAAAAAAAUGUUGAGGAAAAAAAGUAUGAAUUUGUUAACAUAUGUGACCUAUGAGUAUAUGCCAUUUUCCUGUUUGUUAAAACACUAUAGUUAAAAACAUAACUUAAAAAUGUGCAAAAAUGUUCAAGUAAGAUAAAGAAUGCAGAAUAAUUACAUGUACAUGGUUUUUAUUUUGGUAUUACCGUAUGAAGAGAAAACUAUUCAGAGUACAAUCCAAAUUUUAUUCUCUGGAAAAUGUUGAACUCAGUCACCAAUAGUUGUUUUUUCCCCAUUUAAUUGAAAAGCUUGUGCUGAGCUUUGGUGGAACACCUUACUCACUCUGUUCUAUUCAAAAUUCAGUAUCAUUAGAGGUUGAUAAAGCCAUUCCAAUUACUUUCAAAUAUGUGUUUUAUCUCUUCCACUGGAAAGUAAAUGUGUGUCAGUAUUAAAGCUGUUCAGUACCAUGAUACUCACUAACUUGUCCAUCUGCUUCUGUACAUUUUUGUUCAUUAAUAAUUUGCUUACAAUAUUACAUAAGGUGUUGUUGUGUAUGGCAAAGUGUCUCCAUUAUCUUACAGGUGAUGUCUCUUCUUUUUUUUUCUCUCUCUUUUCUAUACAGUGUACUUCCAAUGAACCACAGUACAUAUUUUUUAAAAUGCCAUUUAAUUUACUAUUUUAAAAGAAGUAUUCUUUUUUUUAAAAGAAAAAAAAGAAAACAUUUAUUGUGAAUAAUGUGUUUAAAGAAAAGGGAUGUUGUGGCAGCACUUAGAAUUGUUUUUUAAUUUGUUUUUUUUUAAAAACUGUUUAUUGGCUACAGUUUGUUCACGAAAAAGUAUGACCUCUUAAUGUGUUUCAUUGGUAUUGUUAGUGCAGCAAAGUUUAAUUGGCAUAAGAAGUUGGUUAAUAGUACUGUUGAAGUGUGUAUUGUAUAUUUACUGGGGAAAAAAUAAAACAUAUUCACAUUUCAAAUCUAUGUUAAAAGACCUUGAGUAAGGAGUCAAUAUGUGAAAACCCAAACAGGGAAAAUCAGGCAAUAAUAACAUAGACUGAGCUAUAAUCAUCACUGUCCACUUACAGGUGACAAGGAACUUUUUAUACACUGUUUUUUGAACUAAGCUACGAGCCAGUGGUAAACAUUGCCUGUCCUAGGGGUUUCUGUUUAAUGUCCUGUCUCCACUGGAGCAGCUGUACCACUGUAAUUGCACUGAUACAGCUGUUCCAGGAAUAUUCUGCUCGUAGCUGUGUUCUCUCAGUGUGGGGGAAGCACUGCAGGGGCACAGCUGGCUCUGCCUGACGCCCACAGAGCAGUGGAUGUGGAAAACCUGGUCUGAGCCCUCAGACCUGGGGUUUGGUACUGGUGGAGCUACUGCCAACCAGUGCAGAAUACCCCAAAAUGUGUGCAUAGGUGCUAGUUCAAUCUUUCUCCAUCUUUGUGCUCAAUAGAUGCUCAAUUUUAAUGCAGGAGGGCUGAAGGACCAAAUAAUGAAUUGUUCCAUGUGCUUCAGUGGUGUAUUGCUGUCUGGGCAGCCAUUUCAGUCAUGCAAGGAACAGACAUUUCCUUUUUUGAUAUUUCUUUUUUUUCCCCUUUAUUUCUCAAGUACAUAUCCAAGUCAGCGAACAUUUAGAAUACCUUUUGGUUGUCACCUGAAAUGCAACAGAAACACCAUUCCUUGGGAAAAGUACUACAGAUAAGGUGCAUGGAAUGUUUUUAAGUAUAUUAAUUUAACUACACACCAGUGCAAAAGGAAGACAUGACUGUUUGAAAUAAUUAUGUGCUGGUUUAUGCUUGCCUCAGCCCAUGCAUUGCCAGCCACGAGAAGAGGUGUGUACUGAGGCUGAGAAAGAGUCCUCACAACUGAAAGAGGAAAGGGAAUAGGGUUGGGGGAGAUUUUGGCAGGAACUUUUAUUUAAAAAAGAAAAAAUUACAGGCAGCUCCUUUGGCUUGUCUACAAUUUAUGCAGCUUGGGGGUUUUUAUGGUUAAUGGCCUUUGUGAAGUUUUAGCAGGAGAAAUAGAAAGAAAAAAAGUUGACUUUCUUUUGUAAAGAUUGGGGGGUAUUUGUUUACUGAGGGAGGAUUUUUUAAUUUCAUUUUUAUUUUUUUAACAUAUGUUUACUGUUCCAUCUAUCUGGAACACAUUAGCUAAAAUAUAAAUUGUUUUUGAAAACCAUGUGGGCAGCAGACAAUUCACUUAGGAGGCACAUUCAAAUAGCAGGAAAAAGGGAAAAAGUAAUACUAAAAAUAAGGAACACAUACUGGUUUAGAAACAGCCAAGUCCACCACAGUUUCACAUGCGAUUUUGAACAGUACAAUAAUAUGUAUAAACUUCGUUGCUUUUGGUUUUCAUACCAAAACAAAUUGCCCGAAGUCCAUGGGAGGCCUAGGUCCUCGGGACACUAAAUCUGGUGCUUUGUUUAAAUAUGUGGUUAAUCCAAGCUGGGGUGUCUGGCAGGAGGGCUGCAAGAGCAGAAGAGCCAGGGAGGUGCUUUGCAUGCAUUGAGUGGCUGAAUAUAUGGAUAAAUUCUUUAUUAAUGCAGGGGGACCAGGGACACAGGAGAGCAGUGGCACCAAACAUCUGCUCUGCUAUGUCUACCUUGUUCCCCACUUCUCUUGGGGGACUGACCUGUUUCCUGCCAACACUCCUCCAUCCAAAUUAACAAUAUAUCGAUAAUACACAAUAUGUGUGAGAUACACAACUCACAGAUACCUCAUGGGACCCACAGGAGAUGCAGGGCCAGGUCUUUGUGCACAGUGGACUGGUUAUUUGGGGAGAAGUAGCUCUGAGUUCCACAGCUGGUGUGAGGACUGGAUUCCUCUUUAGCAGGAUUUUAUUUAACUGUGUAGCCACAUCCAAGAAGACCUGAGCAGAAAACAAGUUCCUAGAGCAGAGGUCAGCAUUGCAGCAUCUCUUCUGGUUUGUGGCUCCUUAUUCAGUGUGUGGCAGGCACUCCUGAGUUCACUGCUGAAUUCUCACCACAUCCUGAGGACUCACGUGGCUUAUGCUGACAUCUAGGCAAGUGGGGUUGUUCCUCUUGCUUUAGCAGAAUGGAAAAAAAAAAAUCAAACAAACAAAACCCAAAAAUUGCCAAAACUGAUAACUCUCAAUUUAACACAAAAUUUUUAAUACAAUGCUCAAAAAUCCUAGAUAACAGCAUUUCAGAUGUAUGUUUGGCAAUUUUUUUUUCUUCUUCUUGUAUUUUGUUUUGGCUACCAUUGAAAUGAUCCAUUUGGUUUUUUUCAGAGCUGCAAUACUGUCCCUGCAUCCCCCACCCCCUGCAUUUUCCAGUACUUAUCUUUCAUCUGUAAAGAAGUUAUGGUAGAGAAUAAUGACAUUUGUGUACUUACAUUGUUCUAACUUUAAGCAACAAGGUGCACAGUUGCAUUCAGUUCAAUUGAUCAAAGCCAGAUGGGCACAAAAUGUUUGUGGGGAUUUUUUUCUAAAAAGGCCUGCUACUAUUUGUGCUGAUAUUUGUUCCCCGUUUAUGCUGAUCAGUGCAUCUUUUGCCUUCAAGGAUGCCAUUAGUAAUUCUCCUUUGUGUUCAAAAGCAGGAAUCCAUUGUGCAGCACUUGGAGAGCCACUCGGAUGCAGGUAAAGAAUAUAACAGCUUGAGCAAGUGCUAAUUAGAACCGAUUAAAGUUAAUUGACCUCCUUUGGCAGUAAAAUGCAUAAUAGAACUUGCUCUGUCCUUGCAAAAUGGAGAUCUUGCCUCUAAGCAUAAGAGUGAAGCAGGGUUUCAUGUAGCAGCCCGUAGUAAUUAUGUGGGUAUAACAACCAGGAAGCUGCUUGCUACAAUUUGUUCUAAUAACUGAGCUCUACUGUAUCAGAGCAGCGCAAUAAAAGUGAGAUUUCUGCUCCAGUCUAUUUAGAAACCUAAUUUUUACAGAGCAAAUGAGCAUCCCAAGAUACCGAUACUAAUCUCUAGGAAUGAGUUGGCAGAAAAAUAGAGUCCCUUUUAUAGGUAAGUAAUGGUGAGAACAUUAAAAAAAAGGCAGUUUUACACCUGCUGGUUGGAAAUAGCCCUGAUGCUCAGAGGUUGCAUCUAUCCUGGGCAGUGGAGGAAGCUGUGGCAGGCCUGCACUGGUGCUUUGUCUGGGUGGAGCAUCUGCCCGCUGAGCCUUGCCAUGAGGUUGCCUUUGGCAGACUUCUGUUGGAAAAGGGGCGCUGGCAUCCAUCCAGCUGAGGUUUGUGGUGCUGCAGGACUUCACCACUGCCAUGGGCAACACUGUGGACAUGGUCAGAGGCACCCAAAUAAGAGAGAGAAGGAGCAGGGGAGAGAAUGGAGGGUAGGAAAUUGAAAUUGUAUGAAUUCAAAAGCAUCAGUGGUGAGUGCUAAACUGUACAUCGCUGUGAAAAGUUGAAAAGCCAUUUUUAUUAGUAAACCAGAAUUGAUCCAGUUUCCAUGACCAUGCUUUGAUGACUUUUUGCUUGGCAGGAACUGAAUGCGACUGAUUUUGCUGCUAACUUGGCCUUACUGUGAACAGCAAUAAAGGUGUUAGUCAGGUGGGGACUUUGAUGUGACCAGUGACAUCACUCUCCCUUCAGGGAAUGUUCUGUGCUGGCUUGUUAAUGAAUUUCUUUCCUAAUGAGUAUCAUUAAAAACCCUUUGAUUAGC